UAGAAAUGAAAAAGACGACCCAUACCCAGUAAAUUGAGAUAGUGAAAUCCUUAGUGUCUAUCUCCAGGAGGUGAUUUAAAGGCAAUGGAGAGCGCUGAUAUAGAGAAUGAUGAUGAUAUAUCUUCCUCAGACAAUGUGGAACAGACAGACAGUCAAAUAAGCAGUCACAAGACACAAUCUCCCUCCACUCAGGAGAAUGAUGAACUGGAGGUGUUCCGUGAGGAAUGGCGUGAAGAGUUGAAACGCAAGCAGCAGCCGCAAUCAUCCAGUGUAGAGGAAGAGGCAGUGAGUCUCUACUGGAUGGGAGCAGCUGCUGAGAGGAGUGGAGACAUGCACGCAGCUCUGUUGUUCUACAAGAAAGCCUGUCACCUGGUGCCUGAUAUUGACUUUAAACUGAACAAAGAGCAACCACCUCAGAGCAGUGACAGUGAAGACAGUGGCGACGAAGAUGGUCCUAGUGGGUAUGAGCGAGGGUCUAGGGAACUAGUGGAGCAGUUUCAGACUCUCAGUAUACAGGGACCUCACUGGUGUACGCCAGCCAGAUCAACCAAGAGUGUCCACAUCUCGUCCCUCCCUCUGGACGUGGUGAGAUGCAUAGUGCAGUGGGUGGUGUCUGCUCAGCUGGACAUGAGGUCACUGGAGAUAGUCUCCAUGACUUGCAGAGCACUGUAUUGUCUAGCCAGGGAACCACAUCUCUGGAGAAUGGCUUGCAGGAGAGUAUGGAGGGAUGUCUCCAGUGCUAGUAGCUAUGGAGACAGUUGGAGGAGAAUGUUCAUCCUAAAGCCCCACCUACAAUUCAACGGUGUGUACAUUUCCAAAAACUCUUACGUCCGCCAGGGAGAGAGAUCGCUGGACACCUUCUACAGACCAUACCACACUGUCGUCUAUUAUCGCUUCCUACGAUUCUUACCAGAUGGUUCAGUGAUGUACCAGAACACUCCAGAGAACCCGAUGGUGAGUGUGAGCAGACUGUGUCACAAGCACUCCAGGGAUGAGUCUGUCCUGCUGGGGGAAUACACACACACUGGUAGCAAAGUGGUAGUGGAGGUGGUAUCCCAGGCAACAGGGGGUUCCCCUCAACGUCAAAGGGGGCGUGGCAAGGGAAAGAGACAGGGGAGCAGCUAUGACAGGAAGUUUCACUUGGAGUUGUCUCUGAGCAGUAGCUCCAGUAGACAGAGAUGCAACCAGCUCUCAUGGAGGGAGUACUCAUGUCAGUCACUGCACAAGCCGACAGGGCAUGCCCAGACCUCCCACUUUAACCUGGACUAUACCUACACUCCGUUCUACUUCUCAAGAGUUAAAAGCUACUCCACAAACUCCACAGGAAUGCUCACUUGAUAGUUUGUGUCAUAUAAUUUUCUACUUUAUGUCAAAUAUACAUGCAUGCAUGCAUUCUCUUGUCAUCAUUAAUAAUGUUGUUUGUAAGAUCAUCAUCAUGUGUAUAUACAAUUAAUGAUAAAUUGAAGAAUGUAUAA